AUGAAUCCUUUAAAAUGUGCAUUUGGGGUAACAUUGGGAAGGUUACUCGGAUUUAUCGUCACACAUCGAGGAAUUGAAAUCGACCCUGCAAAGAUCAAAGCAAUUAUGGAAAUGCCUCCCCCGCGUAAUUUACGUCAACUACGUGGACUACAGGGAAAACUUGCGUAUAUUCGAAGAUUCAUCUCAAACCUGUCUGGUAGAUGUCAACCCUUUUCGCGGUUGAUGCAGAAAAAUAUCCCAUUUAUUUGGGAUGAGGCAUGCCAAAAUGCUUUUGAAAGCAUUAAGAAGUACCUGUUGCACCCACCAGUGUUGAGAGCUCCAAUCUUAGGAAAGCCAUUGAUAUUAUAUAUCACUUCACUCGACCGCUCCUUGGGAGCCAUGCUAGCGCAAAAUAAUGAGGAGGGAAAAGAAGUUGCUCUUUAA